AUGAAAAUUCUUGUUUCCGGUGGUGCUGGUUAUAUCGGCUCUCAUCUUGUUCGAGAACUUUCGACUCAGCAGGAUUACGAAAUUAUUGUCCUAGACAAUCUUUCUAAAGGUCAUAUAAAAUCAAUUCCUAAUGGAAUUAAAUUCGAAAAGGCUGAUGUUCGUGAUAAGAAAGCUCUUGAGAGAAUAUUUUCUGAAUACAAACCAGAUGUCGUAAUGCACUUUUGUGCUUCAAUUUCUGUCGAAGAAAGUGUAGCUGAUCCUUUAGAAUAUUACGAGAAUAAUGUAGUGGGAACUAUUUAUCUGCUUCAAGCAAUGAAAAAACAUAAUGUCAAAUAUUUCAUUUUUUCAUCUAGUGCCGCAAUUUUUGGUAAUGCAAAAAAGGUGCCUAUUACAGAUAAUAUGAGGCCAGAUCCAAUUAACCCUUACGCUGACACUAAAGCUGUCGUUGAAAAAUUACUUGCUUGGUCUGAGAAUGCUUAUGGAUUGAAAUAUAUUUGUCUUAGAUACUUUAACGCCUGUGGUGCUCACGAAAGUGGCGAGAUUGGUGAAGAUCAUGAUCCAGAAACUCACUUAAUACCACUUAUUCUUCAGGUGGCUCUUGGCCAAAGAGAUAGUAUCAGUAUUUUUGGUGAUGAUUAUGAGACUAAAGAUGGAACUUGUGUGCGAGAUUACAUACAUGUCACCGAUCUUGCUACUGCACAUAUCAAGGCUUUAGAAUAUCUCAUAAGAGAGAAUAAAUCACAAUCAUUUAAUUUGGGAUCCGGAGAAGGAUAUACGGUAAAAGAAAUAAUCAAUGCUGCUAGAAAUGUUACCAGUCAUCCAAUUCAAGCUGUAGUGGAAGCCCGCAGAAUUGGUGAUCCUGCAGUACUGAUCGCCGAAUCUACGCGUGCUGAGCAAAUCCUUGGCUGGAAAAGAAAAUAUAAUACAAUUGAGGAUAUUGUUGCUAGCGCGUGGAAAUAUCAUAAAUCUCAUAUAAAUGGAUAUAAUGACCAUUAA